AAACAACGGAUUCUAGAAGGAAAAUGAUAUUUACUCGUCCACGUUCGUGUCGUUUCUUUGAUUUUUCCUCCUCCUUAUUAAUUAUUUAUGAAGGUAUUACAUUUCGAGAAGACAGGCCUAGUUAAAUACAAACUGAAAGCUGGUGAAACUCCCGCAGAGCUCAGAGAAAGCGGAUGCGGCAGCCGCUAAGGAGAGCUAGCUCGACAUGGCAUUUUUCUGUUUGAGUUUGUUUACAGCAUGGGAUACUCUCACGACAAUGACUUAAACAUAGCUCGUCGACAUUAGAUUUAGCAAUGUUAGCCAUCAGAUCUUCAGACGAGGAGUCCACUGAGAUUGAGGAGAUGGACACCUCAGAGCCAAACUGGUGCUGGUUCUACUUGGCCGAAUGCGGAGUCUGGCACAUGUUUGAGAUCGAUCCCAGCGCAGCCUGCUCAGUGACCAGCGCUCAGAUUGAGCAGUGCUACAACAGGAACCAGCGAGGGGUCAUGGAGUUCUACACAGCCAAAUACACCUAUAGACUGGACUUCUCGGUCAUGCGACAAAUUAAUGUGACAACAGGAAAACAGAGGCCAAUUAAACGCUCCCUACACUCUGCCACUGGCUUUCGGUUUAUUUGUGAUAAUCUGGCCUUGCCUGUGCCAUGUCAUUGGGAGAGAAUCAAUACAGAUGAGCCCUAUCAGCUUAUCCAGCUCGGCAGAGACACGUAUGAGUUUAAGGAAGUAGCCAGGCUGUACGAUAGGACGAUGGAUCAUCCAAUAAAAUCCAUCCAGAGGAUCCAGAACUUGGACUUGUGGGAGUUCUUCUGCAGGAAGAAAACACAGUUGCGAAAAGUCAAGCGCACUCUGGAUAUUGAAGAGCGAAUGCUGUUUCAUGGAACAGGACACAGCAACAUACAAGCUAUUUGUACGUUUAACUUUGACUGGCGUCUGACGGGGAGUCAUGGUGAUGUUUAUGGCAAAGGGAGCUACUUCGCCCGAGACGCCAAAUAUUCCAGUAAAUUCUGCCACACAACCGGGAAACACAACACCACCUUGCAGAGGCACGGACUCGCUCCACCUAUAUUUGCCAACGAGCCGCCCUAUAAAACCAUGUUCCUCGCCAGAGUCCUUGUUGGCGAAUACACGGUCGGUCAUCCCAUGUACUGCAGGCCGCCCUCCAAGGAUGCUAGCUUCACCAACUUCUACGACAGCUGCGUGGACGAUAUGGCCAACCCAAAGAUAUACGUUAUAUUUGACAGCAAUCAGAUCUACCCGGAGUAUCUGAUCGAGUUCUACUGAUGAGAAAAGAGUUGAUGAACAGAUUCGAUUUGUGGAAAUGGGAGAAGAAAACGAAGAAAAAAAAAAAGUCACUUCCAGUGAGUAACUGGAGCAUUGGAUUUUUUUUUUUUUUUUUUUUUAAAGUGCCUUUGGAAAUGUUUAAAAGGUGGGAAAACAAUGGCGGCAUUCUGCACACUUUGCUCAAAAGUUAAAAGUACGGACGUGUGCUGUAUUUUGUACUACAUGUCACUUCGCUUGUUACACAGUCUGCGUAGAGUGGCUUCAGUUUGGAGAUUUAAGGCAAAUGUUCCAUCUCUGACCCCUCGUCUUAUUUUUAAUCCACAGUGCCAUACAUAUGCCAAUUUAUUAUACCAAAAAUAUGUUGUGGUCUCAUUUGGUGUUAGUUUGUUACAACAGAGGACUGUGAGUGCCUGCAUUUGUUAGCAGUAGUUUACAUACAGUCCUAUAGGCAUUAAUGUCAUGAAUGUGUGGCUUUUAUGGUGAUUUAUGACUGUUCUUUUUCCAGGGAAAGAGUGAUUAUACAACAUACCACUGCAAAUAAUUUAACAAGCAAAAAAAUUUUUAUUUUUCCUGAUUGGCGGCUCAAAAUUAUAAACAUGGACUUUGGAUAACUGCCACUAUUAAGUUGUAGUUUGAUGGGAGUUUGGCUCAUCGCCCGGCUAUAUCCAAAUUUCAAGCAUUUGGCCCAAACCUCCAUUAAGAGAACAUGAUUAGGAUGUUAGGCUAGGAAAUCCACUUGAAGUGUCUGAGGGAAUUUCUGGUAACAUUUCACCUCAAACCUUUAGCGCACCAUGAGUCAUGUUGGCAUAACAUCCAAAGCACCUCUCUUACUGUCACUGUUAUUAUUUAAGCGUGACCUUUUGACAAAUUCUUCUCAUAAUAAGCUUCUACCUCUGUGUUAUUUAAACCAUGCAUCAGUGCACUUUUUUACCCUUUCUGUGAAAGGUUUUACUCCUAACUGUGUCACUGUGACACAAACUUGUGAUGAUAUGUUUGUCUGUAGCUCCCAAGUGUUUCUUUAGAGGUUUUGACGACUGAACUUACCUUUUUAUUUCGUUACUAAGAGUUAUUGCGGCUUAGCUCAUGUCCGUUGGAAACCAGAUGAGCGUCACAUUAGAAAUGCAGUCCUAUAACUAUGAGAUCAUCAACAGCUGUACUUGAGAAAAACAAGUCACCUUGGCACCUGGAGUAUAUUUAACCCGUUAAAAAUGUCGCCGGAACAUAACGUGCUUCGUGAAGGUAUCUGUACGCCUUAAACUUUUCCCCAUUUGCCACAUUAUAACUAUGUAAUGUCUUUUAUUGGGAUUUUAUGUGAUAGUCAAAAUUUGAUAAAUAGCAAUCUGAGAAGUGUGGCAUGCAUUAGUACUCACCUUCUUGAGUCGCAACUUUGUAGUUUGCUGAAAUUAAAGUGGCAAGUGUUUUAGGUAAGUCUCUACUAUAUUUACACAGCUAGAGAUUAAAAUAGUCUGACCACAAAUUCCCAGUCGAAUUUGGGUCUGGAAUUUGACAGGGCUGUUAUACAUAGUUAAACCAUGUAUAACAAGGCUGUUAUACAUAGUUAAACCAUGUAUAACAAGGCUGUUAUACAUAGUUAAACCAUGUAUAACAAGGCUGUUAUACAUAGUUAAACCAUGUAUAACAAGGCUGUUAUACAUAGUUAAACCAUGUAUAACAAGGCUGUUAUACAUAGUUAAACCAUGUAUAACAAGGCUGUUAUACAUAGUUAAACCAUGUAUAACAAGGCUGUUAUACAUAGUUAAACCAUGUAUAACAAGGCUGUUAUACAUAGUUAAACCAUGUAUAACAAGGCUGUUAUACAUAGAGAUGGUUUAACUAUCCAUCUCUGGCUCUAUGUUGUGUCCUCGUAUGGAGCUUUGUCCGAGUCUGAAAUUUUUUGCUGCUACUAAAAGUUUUCUUCCAGAUUAUCUCCACAUCAACAUGCUGCAUCAGUAUUAUCUAAACACUCUAAACUUUCAAUAUUUGCUGAACAUGAAUUGAAUAUUUAAUCAGUAAGCUUUUUGGAGUCCUUAAAAGUGAAAUUAAUUUCUUGGUCGCUAUUGUGACCGGUGGGUUUAAAUGGGCUAGUAUUCAUAAAUUAGGUGCCUCCUGACAGCUUUGCUUAUGAGUUUCAAACUAAAAAUGGGGAAAGUAAAAAUGCAUGCCACACUUUCCAGAAAAACUAACCAGCAUGUUUUAUUUCCUUCCCCAUCACAAUUAAACACUACUUAGCGUCGCUCUAUCAAAUAAAAUUCCUACAAAAUACAUAAAGGUUUGUGGCAGUAACACAAUGUGAAAAGUUCAACCAGAAUAAAUACUUUUAGAAUGCACAGGAUGUACUGUAAUAAGUAAUGUUGCUUAAUAAUGUAAUAUUGCUUUUGCUGUGUUAUUUGGAUGACUAUCUAUUACCAGCUGGUAUGAGAACGGACCAUUUUGGCUUGUGUUAAAAAGCUGUUGCUGGAGUUCAUAACUGAUAGCUUUGAGUGUCUGAGUCAGACUUACUGACAACUGUAUGUUUCUGUGUGUAUGUAGCCCAGCGUAAUAAAUUCUGCAGCACAGAAUCAAAUGUUUUACAGUCCACAGCUUAUCAGACAGAACGACGGGGACCGGAAU